UUUAUGGUAAAGCAAGAUGACAAUGUUCUUUGGAUGGAGAUUGAUUACUCUUGGCUUUCUUCUCUAUGGUGUGCCCAACUCUUCAACUGAUACCCUUGGGCAGUUGCCUAAUUCGUUGAUUCAACCUGGAUCUCCUUUCCCUGUAAAGACAAAUGACCCUGAAGUUCAAAGAGUUGCUAGGCUUGGGGUUUAUAGAUACAAUAACAGUUCAAACGAUAUCUUUUUGUUUAAAGAAUCUCACAUAAAUAAAGCCACAAGGCAAAUUGUGAAAGGAGUGAAAUACAGACUGGAUGUUGAUAUCCGCCGGACUGUAUGCAGCAAAAGAAUACCGCAUCCCAACUUGGACAGAUGUGAUUUCCAGAAGAACAGGAGACUGAGAAAAAUGUUCACAUGCAAUUUUGAGAUCUGGCUUAUACCUUGGCAGCAGAAAGUCCGCAUCCCAGUCAUGUUCUGCCACUAAUUGGUCUCUAAUAAACUUUAUAGAUAUCGCA